GAUGGUUGAUGACUGAAUGUGUGGUCGAACAGCUCUUCGAACCUGUAUAUGGCUGAAAAUUUUGUUGAGAUUAGCCAUGUCGACGAUUUGGACCGGCUGGAGCGCGAAUUCCGAUGGUUACAAGAGCUGAAGACUGCCGGUACUUCAACGUACAUAGCCAUCCGGAUGGAAUCUCGUCUACAAGCAUGGCACGACACUCGGGCUUCUGCUGGACUUGAGAUUCAAACGCAACAAAGUCAGGUGGAUCAAAUGGAGGCCGUCCUCGCUGAGAAACAAACAUAUACGCGUCAACUCAAAUCCUCUAUUACGUCGGGUAAGGCUAAGAUAGAGCGACCCGAAGAGGAGCUCAAAGCAGAGGUGGAGGCCUUGGCUAUCUUAGGGAUGACGAAGGAUGACUUGGAGCGUUCACAAGUUGUGAUAUGCGAAAAAUUGGAGCUCUCGAAACAGAAGUUAGCCAAGAUCAAACAAGAGGCUGUGAAAACAUUAUCCCUCACCGAGGAAUCCUUCAAGGUUGCAUUGCAGUGUGAGCUUGAGCGAACUUAUACAGAGAAAUUGACUAAACUUGAACAGCAAGUCCGUAGUCACAAAUUUCAUGUAGAUUGA